GGUGAAAUCGUAGCUAUUCACCGAACCGUGCACUUAUCUUCACUCUAUUGCUCUAUCACCUACGAAACCCACAUUCUAAAGCAUCCACGAGAAACUGCAAGAAUUUGGACAUUUGGCAGUAUAAAUAGCUCGGUGGUCCUCCAUUCCGUUCCAUGUGACUUUCAAACUACCUCAUAUAGAGCUUAAUCAGAGGGACGAUUCGGACACGACGGAAUUGCAUAAACGGAUAAGGAGAACCUUGAGACAUUUCCAGCUCGAUCAGCAGCAGCGAUCGAGCAGCAGAUCAGCAGCGACCGAAGCACCGAGACGAUCAGGAGAGGAUCCAGCAAAAUCAGUCCACGUGAUUUCAGAUUUAUCUGAAGAUGGAUUUACACACAGCGAGCAGACUACAGAGCGUGGUGGCAUCUUCUAAUUCAGGCGUCACGUCUUCGUGUGUACAAGCAACUGGUAAAGCUGUAGCAGUGAAAUCUCAGAACUUGGGUGCGAAAUUCUCUUCGAUCAGCGGAAAGUCUCUGAACAAUACUGUAGCGAUCACCAGCAGACGCCUGAAGUGCAAUGCGGAAGGUAGAACCACGGGUUUGAAGCUGCAGGCGGAGCUCAAUCAAUAUAGCAGCUCGACUCAGACUGUACGCAAAACGGGUCCAGCAGAUCCAAACGCUGUAUCCCUGAAGGGCAAGUUCCAACUUUCUCGUUUGAUAGGCCCAGCGGGAAGCCCACCUUCGAUCGAAUUCCCUGUCUUCCAGAAGAAUGUUGCGUUCACACUCGUCAGCACACUUGUUGAUGGGGAGGGAAAGUUGAAGUUGAGUGCAAGGACUCAACUCGAAGAGAGCUGGAAGGCCCUGGAUUUGGAGGAUGGUAGCUAUGUAAUCUCGUUCUCUGUACCACGUGAUUUCGGAGAGCCUGGUGCGUUACUUGUGGACAGUAGCAAUAGCGAGGAAUUCUAUCUUCAGUCCCUAACUCUGAACUCUCCUGACUCGAGCACGGAGUACGAAUUCGCCUGCAAUUCUUACAUAAAUCAGAAGAAGCCUACCAGCACACCGAAGAUCGACAAUCAGAUAUCCGACACUGAUCGCAUAUUCUUUACUAACAAGGUUUAUCUUCCCAGUGACACGCCCCCAGGGCUUCAGAAAUUGAGGACUCUGGAGAUGGAACAUCUACGAGGAGAUGGCACCGGAGAAAGACAAGUUGCCGAUCGGAUUUAUGACUAUGACGUCUACAACGAUUUGGGUAUCGUCGGUGUGGCCGAACGCCCGACUUUGGGUGGUCCUGAGAGACCUUAUCCUCGAAGAUGCAGAACAGGCCGAAAGAUCGAUCCAGAGAGCGGCAUGGAGGUACUUCCUCCAACUGGAGCUAAGAGUUACAUUCCCCGAGAUGAGGAUUGGAACGGAUCAAAGACCAAGGAUUUUAAUACUGACGGUCUAAUCGGGCUCAGAGCAACUUUGUUACCCAUUCUUCGAGAAAAAUUCGAUGAGACUCCAGAUGAUUUCGACACCUUUAAGGAGGUGUACAACCUGUACAACAAAGGAUUAGAUAUCUUCCCGAAAAGUCCAGCUCUCCAACCGAGCGAGAAGGACAUUGAAGCUGUUCACAACUUCCUGGAAUCGCAUUUGUACAAGGCCACUGGCGGCGUUCCUAAUGGCAACUUCGACGUUAUUCAGUAUCCGAUUCCGCAACUCCUUCAAGAUGACCCCUUCGCUUGGACGAACGACGAAGAGUUUGCUCGUCAAGCCCUCGCUGGUCCAAAUCCGUCGGUCAUAAGGAGAGCACAGUUUCCACCUACAAGCGAGCUUCCCGAAGAGGUCUACGGUCCAGCCACUGCUCUCACUGCAGAGCACAUAGAACCAUACCUCUCUUCCCAUGGCAAGAUGCUGACAGCGUCAGAGGCUCAAAGCGCAAAAAGGCUGUUCACAAUCGACUACCGAGACAUCUACCUCCCCUACGUGACCAAGAUCAGCACACAAACAAUCACGAAGUCGAAGAGGCGUAUAUACGCACCUCGCGUCAUAUUCUUCUUGACAGAUGACAACAAGCUGAAGCCAGUGGCUAUCGAGCUCUCCUUACCUCCUCAAGAAGGCCAGAAGGGAUCUUACAACAGGGUCUUUACCCCACCCAAGGAAGAAAACGAUUUCAGUUUUACAUGGAGUUUGGCAAAAUUUCACUUCAGCUCCGUAAACUUUGGUUUCCAUGGGCUCAUUUCUCACUGGUUAAAAACUCAUGCUGUCAUGGAGCCAUUUCUUUUAGCCAGUAACAGACAGCUCAGUGCAAUGCACCCCAUCUCUGUGCUCCUUUCUCCAUGCUGGACGAACACAAUGCGCAUCAACGCCAACGCCCGUUCCACUUUGAUAAACGCCGCACCAAUUGGAUCGCUCGAAUCAAGCUUCACCCCAGGACGUUACAACAUGGAGAUGAACUCUGUGGCGUAUGACAAAUUGUGGCGCUUCGACAAGAUCGCUCUACCAGAGGAUCUGCUCGACAGAGGAAUGGCAGAGCCCGACUGCAAUGAGCCAGGAGGUGUCAAGCUCGUGUUCGAAGACUACCCAUUUGCCAAGGACGCGCUGGAUGUAUGGAACACAACCAAAGAGUAUGUAAGCAAUUACGUGAAUCUGUUCUAUUCAUGCGACGAGCAAGUGCGGGAAGAUGUGGAGCUGGAGGCGUGGUGGAAGGAGAUCAGGGAGGUAGGUCAUGGUGACAAGAAAGAUGAACCGUGGUGGCCAUCUUGCCAAACCAAGGAGAGCCUCGUGGACAUUUUAGCCACCAUCCUCUGGAUUGGUAUCAGCCAUUCUCCGGUCAAUUUCGGCCAGUACGCCUACGGAGGGUUCACGCUCAACUACCCUCCCUUGACCCGCGAGCUGAUUCCCGAGCCGAACACCCGCGAGUACAAAGAAAUGCUAUUCAAUUUCGAGCGAUAUGUCCUGAAAACUACCGCCAGCCCCCAGCAGGCCGUGACGAUCAUGACCACAAUGAUGGUUCUCUCAAACCACGCCGAAACCGAGGAAUACAUCGGCUCGAGGAACGAGACCAACUGGACCUCCGAUCCUGCAGUGAAGGCGGUGUUUGAGAAGUACGCCGAUCAAGUGAGAGAAAUCGCGAGGAAGAUCGAGGAGAGGAACGCCGACUCGCAGCUGCAGAACAGACGAGGUGCUCUCGAGACUCCUGGGUACACCCUCAUGUACCCGACGUCGGGGCGCGGAGUGACCGGGAAAGGAGUCCCUUGGAGCAUUUCCAUCUAGGCACAAAACCCGUACCCCCAAAAUCCUGUGUAAGUAGUUUUGUAUAAUUGGGAGACUCUGAACUGCGUCAACCCCAUCCAAAACCUUAAGCCCCGUUCUCAAAGUACCGCUGCGAUGAUGGUAGGACAGUAACGCAAGCAACAAAGAUCCUUGCGCCAUGUGCAUCGCCGUAAGCUCCGGUAAAUAGAAGAAUCUCCACGGGGAGAUUUGUGAUCCAGUACUGAAUUUUCACAAUCCGCGUGCAGGAUUUGGUAGCCCCGUGACUAGGAUUGUGUAUAGGUCAGAGCCCUGUCGAUAGUUUUGAAAUACACGUUCUAAUUUUUUUGUGAUUCGUCAAUUCAAUGAACAAACUUCUUCUGAAACUUUUUCUUUUGCUGGAUCGAAGUAACAUAAAGUAUGAUGAAUCAAACACUGGAACAGCAUCUUCGUCUCCGUCGACCGAGAGACCUUUCCGUCUAUAAAAUAAGGGCCCCCCAUUAAGCAUGGAAUGAGGGCAAUCGAGCCAUCAUUCCUCAACGAUAGAACUCGCUGCUAUUCAUGUCUAUGGCUGAAUGAUGUGGAAACACGGUGACCAAUUAGAAGUCUAAUGUGAACUACCU